AUGAAGUUACAAAAUUUUACUAUUUUAUUAACAUUAGCUUUAUUUACUGGAAAAGCGUGUUGUGGGCCUUUAUUUGGAUUUAAUGAUUCGAAAAAACGUAGUGAAGAUAAUCCGGCACAAAUUUCAGAAGGAACUGGAAAGGCUGAGGGACAACAAAAAACAGAAGAAGAAUCUGCAAAUCCGGAGAAGGAAUCUGCAAACCCGGAGAAGGAAUCUGCAAACCCGGAGAAGGAAUCCGAAAAGACUAAGGAACAAACACCAGGAAGCGAAGGAUCCGAAAAGACUGAGGAACAAACACCAGGAAGCGAAGGAUCCGAAAAGACCGAGGAACAAACAGCAGGAAGCGAAGGAACUGUGGGUAAAAAAAAAUAA